AUGAGUAGUAAGUCACGUGCGUGGGAUUACUUCAAAAAGACUAAUGAAAAGUUUGCCAAGUGUUCUUUGUGUAAAAGACAGUUUAAACUAAGUGGAAAUACUACGAACUUGAUCGAUCAUAUGAAGAGAAAACAUAAUGAGGUAUGGAUGUGGUCAUCCACUGUUUCUGUUACUCAAGACGUAGAUACCACUGAGCAAAAUGAGAAAAUGGGCCCAAGCCCUAAAAAGAGAAAUACGCUAAAAAAUUAUUUUGAUAGAAGUAGUAAAUAUCCAGAUGGGAAAACAAAGCAAAAUUUGGAUAACAAAUACGUGCGCAUGAUUGCUGUUGACAUGGAACCUUUGCGAAAAGGAGAACAUGAAGGAUUUCGGGAUUUUGUAAAUGCUCUCGAUAGUAGAUAUGAAAUUCCUGAUACAACAAUAUUGAAAAAGAAAUUACUGCCGGAAUAUUAUGAAAACGUGAAACAGAAGCUCGUCAUAGCAUUAUCGAAAGCAGAACAUGUUAGUGUGACUACUGACUUAUGGACAUCAAUUGCAAAUGAAGGCAUCCUUUCAGUUACUUGUCAUUUCUUUCACAACGAAAAAUUAAUUGCACCAUUAUUGGAAGUUGUGAAGAUGGAAGGAAGUCAUAACGCAGAAAAUAUAGCCAGUAUGUUGGAUGCUACUCUCUCAAAAUGGGAUAUCAGGUCAAAAUGUGAAGCAAUAACGACUGAUAACGCUCAAACAAUGAUUAACGCCGCAGCCAAACUGCAUAUACGACAUAUACCCUGCUUUGCGCACACACUAAACCUGACGGUAAGUGAUUCGUUUGCUGUGACCUGCUUAGACCAGAUUCUGAAAAAAUGUAAAUCGAUUGUGACUUUUUUCAAGAUGAGUACUCUAGCUAGCGAUAAAUUACGGGCUAUUCAACGUGAAUUAAAUAAACCAGAACUGAAAGUGAUCCAGGAAGUACCCACCCGCUGGAACAGUGCACACCACAUGCUGCAAAGAAUUGUUACAAUGAAGACAGAAUUAACUCUCGCACUUAAUGAAUGUAAUCGGGCUCCACCAGGAGUCAAUGCUGACGAAUACCUAAUUAUUCAAGAAACAAUUCAAAUUCUGGAACCUUUCGAUCUAGCUACAACAAAAAUUUCCGGAGAAAGCUAUAUAACAUUGUCACUGAUAAUACCAUUGAUUCGUGGAAUAAAAACGAAAUUAGUAGAAGUUGAAUCUCAAAUUGUUACUGAAAGCGGAAACAAAAUAUUACUCUGCAUGAAGGGAUCAGUUGACAAAAGACUAAGUCCCUAUGAAAGCAGGACACCUGUUGUACUUGCUACAAUAUUGGACCCCAGAUUUAAGAAGAAGGGGUUCAAAACAAGUGACGACGAGAAGCGAGCUGGUCAGUGGCUGGAAAAGGCCUAUGCUAGCCAUUUAACUAAAUAA